CACAUAUAAAUCAUAGCAUGAUCUACAAAUUAAAACGCGUUUUUACGUCAUUUAGCGUGAAAAAAUUAAGUAUGAUCACGUGCUGUACUAGACAAAAACGUUGGUAAUUUUCAUAAUCGAUUGUCAGUUGACACAAACAUCAAAAUAUGGCUUGGAGGCAAAGAAGGAUUGAUGUAGGUGGUUAAAAAUAAGCGUCCGGAAGAAUCAGUUAAAAACAAUAUUUUGUUAGUAACAAUUUCAAGCGCACGAAGUCGCAGGUAAUAGCUAGUAAUAUGAAUAUAUGAUCUACAUCAACAUAACAAGUAAUCUGAAUGGGAGAAGGUAGUCAAAUAUCGAUAUUUCAAAUUCUGUAUUCGAUUUCUUACCCAUCUCUAUUGUAUGUCACAUGUCAGAAAAAAAUCGUCAAUAUGUCCAUCUAAGGACGUGUUUGAAAUGUAAACAUCUUUUAAUGAUGAAUUGAAGGGUUUUUCAAAACUGAGAACGUUUUAAUGGAAAAGUAGGAAUCGUAUUGUUUGGAACAAUUUAUUAACAUAUUAUUAUUCGCAAAAUGGAUGAAAAUACCACCAACGUGAAACUAGAUUGGAUGUACAAGGGCAUUAAUGGCCUGGUGAAUAGAGAGGAUUACCUGUUGGGCAGAUCUGUUGAUAAGACCCUAGACCAGCUAAACAAUGAAGAGAGAGAAAAGAAACUAGGAAUUGUUCCACCAAAAAACCAUGUUGAGCAUGAAUGUAUACCACCAUCAAUCAGAGAUUACAAUAAAAUUGUGGAAGCUGAACAGGUAAUUCAUUAACCAAUCUAUCUAUUUUUGUAGUAGCAAAAUUUGUGUCUUUCUGUCUCCAUUUCACUUUUCAAAUAUGUCACCACAAUAUCAAUAUGCAUAAUCUACUCAUACAAGGACAGGAGUACCUAGGUGAUUGGUGAAAUUAAGGGGCCUUUAUGGCCUCUUUGGUUUUGAUAGCCUUUUCUCUCCUUCAGAAAGGCUAGAUUUCUACUGGUCAGUGUCAGCGCUUUCGUAUUGUGACUAGGCCUUCUUUUUGAAUUAGGAAAUUCCAGGCUGAUAUAACAGAUGAUAUAAAUCAAAAGCAUGAACAAUAUGAUGCAAAUAGAUAUUUGUAACAUAACCUCAAAUUAGAGUGCUGACAUGGAAAAGUAUAAAACUAUGAAAAUCAAGGAGGCCCUAAAGGCAUCCUAAAAUAAUUGUAGGAACGACUGACAAUAUGGCCCUUAGUUGCUACACAAAAAAAAUGUAAAAAUAAAUAUGUAGUGGAUUUAAUUGGCUGCAUUCAGAUUUUUACUAAGAAGUGCAAGUAGUUAAUCACAAUGCAGCUCUGAGAUCAUGAAGAACUAUUGAACUAUUGAAGCCCAGCAGUGCUGUUCUACUUAACUGAGGGCCUGAAUCAUUACAGUAUAUUAUAUGGAUCAUUACAAACUUGAAUGAAGUUAAUAUAAUUGAAAAAAGAGUUGAUCUGUCAGCCAAACUUCAAGAAGACCCACUUAUGGCCAUAAAGAAAAGAGAAGAAGAAGCUAGAAGAAGGUUUCUUCAAAACCCAGUUCAACUGAAAAAGUUGCAAGAAGCUUUAAAGGCACAGGAGCAUAAAAAGAAGAAAAAGCAUAGACAUUCAGAUUCUGCUGAUUCUGAUGAUGAUCUUGAUAAGAAACUUGUAGAAAAAUUGAUGUAUCUAAAGUCUGAUCCAUCUGCAGCAAUUACUUUGAGGAAAGAAAAAAAGAAAGCGAAGAAGGAUGCAUUAGAUACAAUAUUAAUGCAUAAAUUCAAUGAACUCAAGGAUAGGCUGAGUCAAAAAGAUUUGGAUGAUAUAUUGGCAGGACAUGUGAGUGAUAGCAGUGAAGAAGGAAAAAAAAAGAAACGAAAAGAGGAAUCCAAAAAAACAGAUGGAAGUAGUGAUUUUGAAACAAAAAGUAACAGAAAAAAGAAAACUUGGAAAUCCUAUAAUAGUGAAAGUGAAGAUGAUAGAAAAACAGAAAGAAUUAAUAAGAAAAGCACUUCAAUGGAUUAUAAGGGUAAGAAUGCAUAUAGAAAAGAAGAAAGCAGCUCAAGUGAAGACAGUGAUGGGGAUAGUAGGGGAAAAGAAAGGUCAAAAGCAUCAAAGAGAAAAGACAGAGAAGGAAAAGGUAAAAGAGCUAGGAGCAUUUCAAAAGAAAGGCAUACAGUAAAGAAAACUGUUCAAAAAAAGAGGAGGAGGGAUAGCAGCAGCAGUAGUGAGGAUGAUAGUAAAGAUAAAAGAAAAUACAAUGAAAGAAAAAUGAAAAAGCAUAAAAGUGAAAGUGAUGACAAUUGUGAAGACAAUAGAAGUGGGAGGGGUAGAAGCAGUAGUAAUAAAAGAAAGGAAGGAUUGUAUAAGGAAAGGCAUGGCAGAAGUAUAAACAAAAAAUCUAAGGGAAGCAGUAGUAGUGAAUCAAGUUCAGAAAGCCAUAAAGUCAAGAGAAAAGGAAGAGGUAUAGAUAGAGAAAAAAGAGCUAGGAAGAGCAGUAGUGAACCAAGUUCAGAAAGACAAGUCAAGAAAGAGGAAAGAGGUAGAUAUAGAGAAAAAAAGAGAUCUAGUAGAAACAGCAGUAGUCAAAGCAGUAGCAGUGAAGACAGAAAGCAUAGGUCUAAGAGUGUCAAUAAAAAAGAAACUACAAAUAAGAAAGUUGGAAGAAAUAGUCAUUAUAAAACUAAAGACCAGGAUGAAAGUGAAUUAGACAGAAUGAUAAUGGAUAAAUUGAGACAACUAAGGGGCUCAAAUAAUGAAGAUAAAUCAUCCAGUCACAAUGAAGAAUCUGCAAGAAUUUAUACUCACUAUGAUAGUGACAAUGAUGAACAUGUUAAAAAGAAAAAGUAUUUUGGUUUGGUCAGGGCAGAUGGUACCAAGAUAGAGUUGAAGAGAAAUACUGCUACAAUGAGCAUGGCAAAAUAUGAAGGUCCCAAAGCUAGAGAGGAGGGCAAGAAAUCUGAAAAGAAAAAUGUGAAGAAACUGACAGAGGAGGAAAAGGAGGAACUGAGAAGACAGAUGAUGAAAGAUGCGGUGAAGAGAGAGAAGGAAAGAAGUGAUAAUUUGAGAAAAUACAGAGAGGAAGAUAAAAAAGAAGAGAUGGCAAUGAGUUAUAACAGGGACUUCAUUCAUAAAGAGUUGGUAAAAUCCACAAAAGAUACUAGCAUAGAAGGGAGGAUCAAGUCAAAGCUGAACACUAUUCAGAGGUCAUCAGCACACAUGAGUACUAAUUUUUCAAAGAAAAAUUAGUUGUUAUGAGUACAAAAAGAUUUGUAUAUAAAUUUUGAAUAAAGUUUUAUUUCAUAGCA